AUGGCGACCGUUGCGCCCCCUCCAUCGAAACGGCAAAAGACCGCAGCCAUCGCACGCUCCCGCGAACAAGCUGCCCUCCCCGAAGCCAUCCCAGAAGGCACCCAGCGCAUACAAUUCCGAGAUGCAGACACCGGAGCCGCCCAAGGACCUGUCGUUUCCGUCUCCCUCGCAGACCUCUCCCCGAAGAACCUCUCCCUCCUCCUCAACAGUCUCCUCGGCAAAACAGACCCCGCAGACCGCCUACCCUACCGAUUCUACAACCCAUUCGGCGACGAAGGAGGAGAAUUCGACCAAGCAGGCAUCAUAAAAAGAUAUCUCGACGGCACAAGCACAACAGAACUCCAACUCGACAUCCCCUGCCGCGCCGAAGCCGUCUUCAAAGUCAAACCCAUCACCCGCUGCGCAGCCAGCAUCUCCGGCCACGGCGAAUCCAUCCUCACAGCCGCCUUCUCCCCCGCCACAUCCUCCAAACUCGCAACCGGCUCCGGCGACAAAACCGCUCGAAUCUGGGACUGCGAGACCGGCACACCCCAACACACGCUCAAAGGCCACACAGGGUGGGUCCUCGCGGUCGCCUGGUCUCCCGACGCCGCCCUCCUCGCAACCGGCAGCAUGGACUCCACCGUCCGCCUCUGGGAUCCCACCACCGGCUCCCCCCUCGGCGGCCCUCUCAAAGGCCACACAAAAUGGAUCACCAGCCUCUCCUGGGAACCCUACCACAUGCGCGAACUCGCCCGCCCCCGCUUCGCCUCCGCCUCCAAAGACUUCACCAUCCGCAUCUGGGACGCCGUCAACCGCAACACCGACAUGUCCCUCACCGGCCACAAAGAAUGCGUCACCUGCGUGAAAUGGGGCGGCGCAGGUCUCAUCUACUCCGCUUCCCGCGACCGCACCGUCAAAGUCUGGGACGCCAUCAAAGGCACCUUAGUCCACAACCUCACCUCCCACGCCCACUGGGUCAACCACCUCGCCCUCUCCACCGACUUCGUCCUCCGCACGGGCUACUUCGACCACAAAGGCAAAAAGGACGCUCCCUCGACGCCAGAAGAUCGCAAAAAGAAGGCACAGCAACGCUACGACGCCGUCAUCGCCACCUCCUCCCACCACGAACGCCUCAUCACCGCCUCGGACGACUGCACAAUGUAUCUCUGGUCCCCCACACUCUCCACCAAACCCCUCCAACGCAUGGUCGGCCACCAAAAACAAAUCAACCACGUCACCUUCUCCGCCGACGGAACCCUCAUCGCGUCCGCGGGUUUCGACAACCACGUGAAAACCUGGCAAGCCAAAGAUGGGAAAUUCCUGCACACUCUACGCGGACAUGUCGGGCCGGUGUAUCAGUGUGCGUUUUCGCCGGAUAGUAGACUAUUGGUGAGUGCGAGUAAGGAUACGACGUUGAAGGCUUGGGAUGUGAGGAAAGGGGUGUUGGAGGAGAAUUUACCGGGGCAUUUGGAUGAGGUUUUUGCGGUGGAUUGGAGUCCCGAUGGGGAGAGGGUGGGGAGUGGAGGGCAGGAUAAGGCGGUGAGGAUUUGGAGGCAUUGA